GUCCACGGCGGAUGCGCUUUACAGAGCGAAGAAAAAAUGGCGAAUCUCGUAGAGGCGACAACACAACAGCAGUUUGAAGAUUUCUUAGCCAAAGCUGGAAAAUGCCUAACUGUAGUGCAUUUCCAGGCACCGUGGGCUCCCCAAUGUGCCCAAAUGAACGAAGUGAUGGCCGAGCUGGCCAAGGAACACGCUCACACCACGUUUAUCAAGCUGGAGGCCGAAGCGGUGCCAGAGGUGUCGGAGAAGUAUGAAAUCGUCUCGGUCCCCACUUUCAUUUUUUUAAAAGCAGGGGAGAAGGUGGACCGCAUCGACGGGGCCCACGCUCCGGAGCUGACCAAGAAGGUGCAGCGCUUGGCAGUCGCCGGCGGUUCGGCCGGGGCUGCGGAGAGCGGCGCGGCGGACUUGAACCAGCGGCUGAAGAAGCUUAUCAACGCGGCGCCCUGCAUGCUCUUCAUGAAGGGGUCCUCGCAGGAGCCCCGCUGCGGCUUCAGCCGGCAGAUAGUGGCCCUGCUGAAAGAGCACGGCAUCCAGUUCAGCAGCUUCGACAUCCUGUCCGACGAGGAGGUCAGACAGGGGCUGAAGAUCUACUCCAACUGGCCCACAUUCCCUCAACUGUAUGCGAACGGGGAGCUGGUGGGGGGACUGGACAUAGUGAAGGAGCUGGCCGAGUCCGGGGAGCUGGAGAACACCUGCCCGAAGGCCGUCGACCUGGAGCAGCGGCUGAAGGUCAUCAUCAACCGGAGUCCGGUCGUGCUGUUCAUGAAAGGCGACAAGGAGGCCGCGAAAUGUGGCUUCAGCAGGCAGACGCUGGAGAUUUUGAACGGCACAGGUGUCGAUUAUGACACUUUUGAUAUCCUGCAGGAUGAAGAGGUGCGUCAGGGGCUCAAGACCUUCUCCAACUGGCCAACCUACCCGCAGCUCUAUGUGAAAGGAGAUCUGAUCGGAGGUUUGGACAUCCUCAAGGAGCUGAAGGAGAGCGGAGACCUGGUGUCGGUGCUGAAGGGGGAGUCGUAGGUGGAUCUGCGGGUCCACCAGGACCUACGAGAUGCCACUGCUGAUGCCCAGAUCGGCCCGAUCUUACGCAGGGCCAGAAAGUGAAUGGAAGGAUUUAUCGAGAUGAAUACAUUUAAUAAUUGAUAGAUUAAUCAAACUGUUUGGAUAAGUUCACAUUCUACUUUAAACUUGAAAAUGCAUUUCAUGAGAUUUGAAAUUUGCUUCUCAAAUUUCUUUUGUUUUUCUCUCAGUAAUUCCUAAAUGUACACCUCAAGAAAUGUUUGGAGUGAUGUGAAGCAAUCCCUGCAUUUGUUCCAAGUUCAUAAAUCUAUGAGAACAGCUGACGUGCUCAUAUAAUCUGUUGUCUUUAUUUGUUGGGGUUUACAUUUGUCAUUCCACAAUUUACACCCGAAGAACAAUUUAUAUUUACCGAAGCAUUAUUUACCAAACCUCUCAACUUCUCAUGCUGUCCUGUUUACGUGUUCUUCACCUGAAAGAGAAAAACUGUUCCCCAGUAAUCACUGUGGUUUAAAUACUACUGUCUAAGUGGCACUUAUUGAAACAGUCUUAUUAAUAACAUUGUGAUUAAACAAAAGAAAUCUAAGAUUUGGUGUUGUUUCUGGUUCAACUUUUAAAGCCAACGUCGGAAAUAUAAUUUCAACUAUUUCAAUACGAGGCAUUAUAUACAAGCGGAUGGAUUACACCCACGAUGCCGUUCUACUGCCUCAAAGUUGGAAAAGUGGUAUUCAACAACAUGCAUCAAAUGAAGUGAACAGACUUACAAGCCACAUUCUCAAAAAUGUUCAAGGGUAGUAAUUCUCGGCAAAUCAUACAGUAGUGUGUGUGUCAGGAUUGAAAGGGGGAUUUCUGCACAUCUCAUUUUAUCAGUAAAUGUACAGUUUAGAAGAACAUCUACAUGGAGACGUUUGCAGCACAAAAAGCAAUCCAAUUUAAUGUUGUCCAUCAACAUAAUAGUAACGUUUGUAAACGGGAUUCAUUUGAAUGAAAUCCUGUUCCCGUGACAUGUGACAGGUGUGUGGUACAAGAACCCAUGUUCUUAGACAAUGAGUUUGCCUCAUGAUGACGUGUUAGAGCGGAAACGCUUGGUCAAUUAAACCCAAAUCAAUCAAAUAUCUUAAACACUGUUUCCCUAUUUCCAGCCUUUGUACUCAAAGCAAACUGCCUGCUGGCUGUGGCCUAAUUUAACAAAUAAAAAAGUGUGGUAUCAAC